UUUCUGAACUUUAUCCCUUUCGGCUCAAAUAUAUAUGGCAAAAUUACCAAUAAUCCAUUUACUAUAAUUCAGUGGCUCUGGUGCUGCCAAUGCAUCCGUGUAACGCCACAUUUUUAUGUGACAAACACUGCGUAUUUAUUCAUGCGCGGUCAGACUCAGACUAUACUCUAAAUAUUCCCAAACUGUGCCUACGGUAGGAGCAAGCACCACGCCCAGCUUUUUGAACCCAGAUACCUAAUCAACUGCAAAGCUAAGGAACUCGUAGUUUUGCUACUCUACUUCCUCGUUUGUAUCGGGGUGAACACUUAAGAACUCAAAGUAUCACCACCAUGCCGCUCAAGGCGUUAGACUAUGAAACACUGAAUGAAAACGUGAAGAAGGUUCAGUAUGCUGUUAGAGGCGAGCUGUAUCUUAGAGCAUCUGAGCUCCAGAAGGAAGGAAAGAAGAUUAUCUUCACCAAUGUUGGGAAUCCUCAUGCUCUUGGACAGAAGCCGCUGACAUUCCCUCGCCAGGUGGUUGCAUUAUGCCAAGCUCCAUUUCUGUUGGAUGAUCCUAAUGUAGGACUCCUCUUUCCUGCUGAUGCAAUUGCAAGAGCUAAGCAUUAUCUUUCAUUGACUUCGGGUGGUCUAGGUGCCUACAGUGAUUCCCGAGGUCUUCCGGGGAUCAGGAAAGAAGUUGCAGAGUUUAUUGGAAGGCGUGAUGGGUUUCCAAGUGACCCUGAACUCAUAUUUCUCACUGAUGGUGCCAGCAAAGGUGUGAUGCAGAUAUUAAAUACUAUUAUACGUGGUGCAGGGGAUGGGAUUUUGGUUCCAGUCCCGCAAUACCCACUCUACUCAGCAGCAAUCUCUCUAUUUGGUGGUUCUCUUGUUCCAUAUUAUCUAGAGGAAAGUGCAAAUUGGGGUCUUGAUGUUAACAAUCUUCGUGAGUCAGUUGCUGAGGCUCGCUCAAAAGGAAUAACUGUAAGAGCAAUGGUGAUUAUAAACCCUGGCAACCCUACUGGUCAAUGUCUUAGUGAAGCCAAUUUGAGAGAAAUCUUAAGCUUCUGUUUCCAAGAAAGCCUAGUGUUGCUUGGAGAUGAGGUUUAUCAGCAGAACAUAUACCAGGAUGCGCGCCCUUUUAUCAGUGCAAGAAAGGUUUUGUUGAAUAUGGGAGCACCAAUAAGCAAGGAAGUCCAGCUUGUUUCUUUCCACACUGUAUCCAAAGGAUAUUGGGGCGAAUGCGGUCAGCGGGGUGGAUAUUUUGAGAUGACCAACAUCCCUCCUAAGACAGUAGAGGAGAUCUACAAGGUUGCAUCGGUAUCUUUGAGUCCUAAUGUUCCUGCACAAAUAUUUAUGGGGUUAAUGGUCAAUCCUCUCAAACCUGGAGAUAUUUCAUACGACCAAUAUGUUAGAGAAAGCAAAGGAAUCCUUGAAUCACUAAGGAGAAGAGCAAAGUUAAUGACUGAUGGAUUUAACAGCUGCAGAAAUGUGGUUUGUAAUUUCACUGAAGGUGCAAUGUAUUCUUUCCCUCAAAUUCGCUUGCCACCAAAAGCCAUAGAGGCUGCUAAAUCAGCUGGAAAAGUUCCAGAUGUCUUCUACUGUCUCAAGCUUUUGGAAGCCACUGGUAUUUCAACCGUCCCUGGUUCAGGAUUUGGACAGAAAGACGGGGUGUUCCACUUGAGGACAACCAUCUUACCGGCCGAGGAAGAAAUGCCGGAGAUCAUGUUGAGUUUCAAGAAGUUCAACGAUGAGUUCAUGGAGCAGUAUGAAGACCAUAUAGGUUAUUCAAGGAUGUGAAAAAUCCUAAUCCUAAUCCUUCCAAACCCAAUUUGUAUUAUAAUAUCACCCAGCUAUUGGUAGCUCUUUAAUUUUAUUUUUAUACUUGUGAAAACACUUCUUUCUUUUCUCUUAUCUGUCUCUACUCCCAUCAUUCAGGCUAUGAACCUCAUUCUGUUGAAACAUAUAUUACAUUACUGGUCUCUAUUAUUAUGUAUCUGAUUUCAGACCUAUAUUAACUUUAA